AGCUCGCAGAUCGCUUUCUCACAACAGUUCCCGUAGUAGCAGAUGCACAGAAUCAAAGGAUGGGACAGAACCUAUCCGACCACCCUCUAGCCAUUCCAGAUAAUCGUCUUCAGAUCUUAAUCAACCAGAUCAAAGACUACCAGAUAACUCAUGGCUCUCUAAUAAAACUUCUGCCAGGGGUAAAUAAUAAUGAGGAAUCGCCUGUGCAGUCUGUUCCAGUCGGUGUUGCAGUAUUUCCAACUCCAUGGCCGCGAGAGCUGUUCGAGCGAGCUACGGAGAUUCAGCAGGCCUUCAAUGAGCUGUACAUACGGAUUUCGGAGGAUCCCAAGUGGUUGGGCGAUGUACUAGUAGAUCUACGACGAUCGGAUAGUUUCACACAGAAGCUAUGGAGAAUAUGGGAAGCUGUGAGCGAAGAGCAGAAGGGCGAGGAAGGCCGCACGAAUCUAGGCAUUUUCCGGAGCGACUACAUGCUACAUGAUAGAAGGGGAGACGGACAAGAGCUCGAUAUCAGGCAGGUUGAAUUUAAUACCUUUUCCGUGGCCGGUGGUACGCACGGGAACAUAGUAGGGAAUAUGCAUCGGCACCUUUGUCGGACUGGCGCGUUUGAUGCCGAAAACACCACGGCAGGCAAGACGAACCAGUGCAAGCUCGAAAACCUUCCAAUCAACGACACCAUCAAGGGCAUAGUCGCGGGUCUGAAAGCCGCACACGAGGCAUACGGCCCAGCAAGGAGCUCAGAUGUCUCAGCAACGGCAAUGCUUAUGGUCGUGCAACCCCACAAUAUCAAUAUCUGCGAUGAACGUCCACUAGAAUACGCACUAUGGGACCAGAGUCCCUCUAUACCCUGCUACCGUGUCGUCUUCAGCGACGAAGUUUUGGAGCGAACCUCUCUCACGGCCGACAAGCUUCUUCUGUACCACCCACCGCAUACCGCCCAGCCCGUCGAGAUCUCAGUCGUGUACUUCCGCGCCGGAUAUGACAUGCACGAAUACACCGAUGCCGGCAUCAAAGCCCGAUACCUACUCGACCGCAGUCGGGCUAUCAUAUGCCCCUCGAUCCUGAGUCAUCUUGCGACGUUCAAGAAGGUCCAGCAAGCGCUCUGUGUGCCUGGCGCUGUGGAGCGUUUUCUGCCAGACGAGAAAGCUAGGCUUGUGAGAGCGACGUUCAGUGCUAUUCUGCCUAUGGACGAGGAGUCUAGGCUGGGCCAAUAUGCGAGGGAGCUUACGCAGGAUUCCGUGAGGGCAAUCGAUUACAUCCUCAAGCCUUCUCUCGAAGGUGGCGGGCAUAACGUGUAUGGGAUCGAUAUUGUGCCGUUCUUAGCGAAGGUGCAUAAACGGAGAUGGGCGCAGUACAUCCUCAUGGAGUGCAUACGACCGCCGAAGAUAGACAAUAUCUUGUUGACUGGGAGAGGCGUAUAUCAAGGACCAGUAGUUAGUGAGUUAGGCAUGUUUGGCACAUGUUUGUGGAUGAGUGAUGUUGGCGACGGCGUCGAGAUCUUGCGAAACGAAUGCGCGGGUUGGAGCUUCAAGACGAAGGCUGCGGACGUUGACGAGAUGAGCGUGGUAAAAGGAUAUGGUUGCUUUGACUGUCCUUAUCUGACUGUCUAGUUCAAUCACCAUCCUGAAAUCUUAGUCGACGAGAUCUCAAGAUGCGCCGUUCGUAUAGGCUAUGCACAGCUAUAAAUCUGCAUAUUGGCCCUGGAGCAGGCUA